ACCUUCUUUUCUCAACUCUUUUUCUACUUUCUGGUCCUGAAGGCUCAACGCUACGUCACGCAACUCAAGUCCCAAAUCAACAGUUUGGAGGCAGAGCUGGAGGAGCAGCGCAUGCUCAAGCAGCGCGCGCUGGUGGAAAACGAGCAGCUGCGCAUGGAGCUGGAGGCGAACCGCCGCCGGAACGCAGAGCACGAGAGUUUACAGGGCACCUUCCUGGAGGCAGAGAGAAGGGCUCAAGCGACCGAGCAGCGAUACAACAAACUGAAGGAGAAACACACAGAGCUGGUGGCCAGCCAUGCUGAACUGCUCCGCAAGAGCGCAGACACUGUGAAGAUGCUGUCGGCCACCCAGCAGACUCAGGAGGAAGUGGAGAGGACGAAGCAGCAGCUCAGCUUCGAGGUGGAACGAGUCAAACAGGAGGCGGACAUGAAGAUGGAGGAGCAGAAAUUUGAGAUGGAGCGACUGAAGAGAGAGCUGGAAGAGAAAAUGGCAGAGGUGACACGGGUGAAGGCGACUCUGCAGAGCAGCGAGAUGACAUCGUUGGAAAUGAACAGCAGCAUGACGGCUCUGCAGGCGGAGAAGGAGCGCCUGAUGCGAUCUGUGAGGGAGAAGGAGGCAGAGCUGUCAUCUCUGCGGCAGGAGGCGCAGCUGCAGCAGUCGUCGCUUCAGCAGGAGCGGGAGAGGAGCAGCAGGGAGCUGGGAGAGCUGCAGGGCAAACUGAGGGAGAAGACCAGUGUGGAGGAACAGAUGAAGAAGAAGCUUUCGGAGGAGCAGUUUGCUCUGCUCCAAGGCACCAUAUCAGAAGCUGAGAACAUCAUCCAAGAUGCUGUUGCCAAGCUGGAUGAUCCUCUGCACAUACGCUGCACCAGCUCUCCAGAUUACCUCAUAAAUCGAGCGGAGGCCACGUUGAGCUCCAUCGACAAAAUGCAAAAGGGACAUGGAGAUUAUCUGCGCAACAUGGAGGACGCUGGCGGGCUGCUGAGGUCUCUGACCCAGUUCUCCCACUUGGCCGCGGACACGAUCGUCAACGGCAGCGCUACGGCACACAUGGCACCCACUGACCAAGCUGAUCGUCUGACGGAGAACUGCAGAGGCUGUGCCAUGCAGAGUCUGCAGUACCUGAAGGAGCUGAAAUCCAAGAACACCCUGCAGAGGGCCGAUCCAGCUUCUGUUCGACUGAUUGUGCAGAAGAUCCUGCACCUGGGUCAGGAGCUGCGGCCGAAAGGAAUGGACAUCCGUCAGGGCGAGCUGGGAGAUCUGGUGGAUAAGGAAAUGGCAGCAACAUCAGCAGCUAUUGAGGAGGCUGUACGCAGGAUUGAUGAAAUGAUGAAUCAGGCACGGAAAGACACAUCAGGGGUAAAACUGGAGGUCAAUGAAAGAAUCCUCUACAGCUGCACUGAUCUGAUGAAGGCCAUCCGCAUGCUGGUCGUAGCGUCCACAGACUUGCAGAAGGAGAUCGUUGAGGGUGGGAGGGGCGGAGCAAGCAUAAGGGAAUUCUACGCCAGAAACUCUCGCUGGACCGAGGGACUCAUCUCUGCUGCCAAGGCCGUGGGAUGGGGAGCCACGGAGUUGGUAGAUUCUGCUGACAAGGUGGUGCUGCACACUGGUAAAUAUGAGGAGCUGAUAGUCUGCUCGCAUGAGAUCGCUGCGAGUACAGCACAGCUGGUCGCUGCCUCAAAGGUCAAGGCCGACCGCAGCAGCAAGAGGCUGGGCGUUCUCCAGCAGGCCUCUCGUCACGUCAACGAGAUGGCUGCUAAAGUCGUGGCCUCAACAAAGACGGGACAGGAAAACCUGGAAGACAAAGAUCCCAUGGACUUCUCUGGGAUGUCUCUUAUCAAGUUGAAAAAAGAAGAAAUGGAGUCACAGGUGAAAGUGCUGGAACUGGAAACUCAGCUGGGGAACGAGCGUUUGCGUCUGGGUGAGCUCAGGAAGAAACACUACGACUUAGCCGGCGUUCCUAUGGAGCAAGUUUCUGAGCGAAACGGCGACACGCCGUCACCUGUUCAGCAGCCCCGUCCUCUCAACAUGUCCCCCAAGCCCAGCAAGCCUCCCCUCGGGAGGAAACCCAUGCUCUCCCAAAAACCCAACAUACCAUCGAAACCAGGGUUCAAGUAAAUGCAGAGGAUGGCAAAGCUUCACUGCAGGAUGACCGGAUUUAGAGAAGAAAUAUUUGGCCUUUUUUGUGAAUUUCCAGCUAUACUGACAAUCCAGUGUCAACCUUCUUCUCAACGUUUUCCUUUAUUUUUAUUCUACCUUUCAUUCCUUGUUUGCCAAAACGGCCCUCCUGCCUGUUUCCUUGUUUUUUACUCUUAAUGCCUGUAGGGACUGCCCUGUUUUUCCUUUAUAUUUUCCAUGUUUGAUAUUAAGAACAUUUUAUUUUAGGCAUUUUUUAAAAAUUCUGUAUUACUAAUAACUUAAAAAUUAAAACUACUGCUACCUUUUUAUGUGGAAUGCAAACACAAAUCGGCCACAUAUCCUGUUGAUGAACAGUUGAAUUUAAUCAAGUUUAUGGCAGCCUUAUUGCACACUUUUAGAUCACAUCUUUCUCUCUUUUUUUUUUGCUAUACUCUGUUCUGUAUUAUUUAUAUUGUGAUAGUGGUGAAAGGAGACUGGGGAAUGACUUGGUGUGUGUUCAUGUUGUUGCAGAAGUAUGAUAUACCUCUAGUUUUGCCUUUUUGUGCAAAUUUGCAGUUUUUUUCCCCCCCUGAACUGAACAAGAUUGUAUCAGAGGCCUUGAAUAAUACUUCAUAGAUGCAUUAAAUGUUGCCUGUAAAGAUUUGCAGUCUGUACAAGAGACUGCUACUUACACUACAUUUAUCUCACGAAUGUCCCUUUACAAGAGGAGAGCAGAGAUACUGUGUUAAAGCAUAGACAGACCUAAAGCUUGCACACUAUGUAUCAGCUGUAGAUGUCCUAUUAUCAAACGCUUCUUGCAGGCUGAAUAUAUAAAUUUAGGGUUAGUUGAUGAGCAACUUUAAGGCGUCUCUGAGUGUUUCCUGCAGGGUCUUAAAAUGCAUCCUCUCCUCUUUAAGAAUGUCUUUUUACUCAGAUCUAUUAAUGUAUAUAUAUAUUUUAGUAAAGAUACUGGUGUGUUUUUUUUCCUUGUAAGAAGUGUAAAUGUCACUCAAACAAUAAAUGUUUGAUUUAA